UUUUCUUUUUCUUUCUUUCGCUGAACGUGGUACCGUGAGGCAGCCGAUCUGUCGUGAAAUAAUUUUUCGACUGUAAACGUAAAUAUGACUGAAACACUACAGUUGCGAGGUCAGCUCGUUGGCCAUUCCGGAUGGGUCACCCAAAUCGCUACAAAUCCGAAGUAUCCGGAUAUGAUUUUGUCUUCAUCUCGUGACAAAACGCUGAUCGUUUGGAAACUUACUCGCGACGACGCUAGCUAUGGCAUUCCGCAGAAGCGUCUGUACGGCCAUUCCCAUUUUAUCAGCGAUGUCGUUUUGUCUUCAGACGGCAACUACGCACUUUCAGGCUCUUGGGACAAAACCUUGCGCCUGUGGGAUCUGGCUGCCGGAAAGUCAACCCGACGGUUCGAAGACCAUACUAAGGAUGUUUUGUCGGUAGCAUUCUCGGUUGAUAAUCGUCAGAUCGUGUCCGGAUCUCGUGACAAGACCAUCAAGCUGUGGAAUACAUUGGCCGAGUGCAAGUACACUAUCCAGGAAGAUGGCCACUCUGAUUGGGUAUCGUGCGUGCGGUUUUCUCCAAAUCACUCCAAUCCAAUCAUCGUUUCGGCCGGUUGGGAUCGCGUUGUAAAGGUCUGGAACUUGGCUAACUGCAAACUGAAGAUUGACCAUCUGGGGCACAAUGGCUACCUGAACUCUGUGUCUGUUUCUCCGGACGGUUCACUCUGUACUUCAGGCGGUAAGGAUUGCAAGGCCUUCCUGUGGGAUCUGAACGAUGGCAAGCAUUUGCAUACACUGGAACACAACGAGGUAAUUAAUGCAUUGUGCUUCUCGCCAAACCGCUAUUGGCUUUGCGUUGCCUAUGGCCCAUCCAUCAAAAUUUGGGAUUUGGCUUGCAAAACCAUGGUCGAAGAAUUGAAGCCCUCGAAGGCCGAUCCACCACAGUGUCUGUCGCUGGCUUGGUCUACGGACGGACAAACCCUGUAUGCUGGCUACUCGGAUAAUAUUAUCCGUGUCUGGCAAGUGUCGGUAUCGGCACGAUAAAUGCAUCGUAUUGUAUACUGAGAAAUACAAGAUUCAAGUACCGGAA